AUGGGAAACUGGGUGGUUAACCAUUGGUUCUCAGUUUUGUUUCUGGCUGCUUGGUUGGGGCUGAAUGUUUUCCUGUUUGUGCAUGCCUUCCUGUCAUUUGAGAGUAACAAGUACUACUACACAAGACAAAUCCUGGGGUUGGCAUUGGCCUGGGCCCAAGCCUCUGCUUGCAGCUUGCAUUUUAACAGCAUGCUGAUCCUGCUUCCCAUGUGUCGAAAUUUGCUGUCCUUCCCGAGAGGCACCUGCUCGUUUUGUAGGCGCACCCUGGGAAAGCAACUGGAUCACAACCUCACCUUCCACAAGCUGGUGGCAUAUAUAAUCUGCCUUCAUUUAGCUAUUCACAUCACCACACACCUGUUUAACUUUGAACGAUAUAGCAGAAGCCGACAGGCCACAGAUGGAUCCCUUGCUUCCAUUCUCUCCAACCUAUCUCAUCAGGAGAAAAAUUCUUGGCUAAAUCCCAUCCAGUCCUCAGACACGACGAUGGAGUAUGUGACAUUCACCCACAUUGCUGGUGUCACUGGAGUGAUCAUCACAAUAGCUCUAGUUCUCAUGGUGACUUUAGCUAUGGAAUUUAUCCGGAAGAGUUAUUCUGAGGUCUUCUGGUAUACACACCAUAUUUUUAUCAUGUACUUCAUUGGCUUAGGGAUUCAUGGCCUUGGUGGACUUGUCCGGGAUCAAACAGAAAAGAACAUGGAUGAGAAUCAUCCUCACAAGUGUGCAGAGUUUUUUGAGAAGUGGAACGAUCCUGACUCCCACUGCAAGCCUCCCCAAUUUGAAGGGCUCCCCGCUGAGUCUUGGAAGUGGAUCCUUACACCAGUCAUUAUUUACAUCUUUGAAAGGAUCCUCCGAUUUUAUCGCUCCCAGCAGAAGGUUGUGAUUACCAAGGUGGUCAUGUACCCAUCCAAAGUUUUGGAAUUGCAGAUGCACAAAAAUGGCUUCAGCAUGGAAGUGGGACAGUAUAUUUUUGUUAAUUGCCCCUCAGUCUCUUACCUGGAGUGGCAUCCCUUUACCCUGACCUCUGCUCCAGAGGAGGACUUAUUUUCCAUUCAUAUCUGAGCAGUGGGGGACUGGACAGAAAAUCUCAUAAGGGCUUUUGAACAACAGAAUUCACCAGUUCCCAGGAUCAAGGUGGGUGGUCCCUUUGGCACUGUCAGUGAGGAUGUCUUCCAGUAUGAAGUGGCUGUGUUGGUCGGAGCAGGAAUUGGGGUCACCCCCUUUGCUUCCAUCUUGAAAUCCAUCUGGUACAAAUUCCGGAAUGCAAAUCACAACCUCAAAACACAAACGAUCUAUUUCUACUGGAUCUACAGGGAGACAGGUGCGUUUGCUUGGUUCAAUGACCUAUUGGUUUCCCUGGAACAGGAGAUGGAGGAAUUAGGCAAAGUGGGUUUCCUAAACUACCGUCUUUUCCUCACCGGAUGGGACUGCAACUUUGCUGGUCAUGCAGCAUUAAGCUUUGACAAGGCCACUGAUAUCCUGACAGGUCUGAAACAGAAAACCUCCUUUGGGAGACCUAUGUGGGACAAUGAGUUUUCUACAAUAGCUACCACCCACCCCAAGUCGGCGGUGGGAGUCUUCCUAUGUGGUCCUCAGACUUUGGCAAAGAGCCUGUGCAAAUGCUGUCAUCAGUACUCCAGCCUGGAUCCUAGGAAGGUUCAAUUCUACUUCAACAAUGAAAAUUUCUGAAUUAUAAGAAUAAGGAUGGCAAUCUGCAUUUAGCCUCUGUAUCUUCAACAAUUUACUUGGUCUGGUCAGGUUUGGGCAACCACUUAAGGACAAUAACAUGUUUCUUUCAAGCCUUGACUCCCUGGUAUUCUUUUUUGAUUGGACUCAACUUCGUCAUCACUGAGCUUCAUGGACCUAAGAACUUCAGAAGUCACAAUAAUUGCAAAGCCCAUGGAUCCUUUCUCGGGAAAACAACUGUAAAUCCUUCUGGAAUGCCAUGAUUGAAACAAGGCUUGAUGGGAGACGUGGUUGACAGUUACACAAUUUAACUCCAGGUGAUUUUGUUGAUUCCAAGUGUUACUGUCUCCUGGACUCUGGGUCACAUUCUCCUCUCCCUCCCACCCACAAAGAAGAUUUCUAAGUAGGGUGAUUUUUUUAAAUAAAAAUUUAUUAAAGAAUUAAUGACAAAACAUAAUAAUAAGCAUAAAUAGUAAAACAACAAACAUAGAAUUACCAAGAACUCAAUACCUAUAUAACACUAUAUACAUUCUUACUGUUAAACAUGGUCUUAUCCAGUGUGAACAGCAAUUUAUGCUUUACUUAUUUUUGCUUGUCAAAAAAUGAAGGAUUUUCUUCUUUGCUUAAUGAAUAAAUCUUUUGUUACUUUACCUAGGCUCUCCAUUUGGGAAAGAAAAUCUUGGAAGUAUGCUAAUCAUAAUUGAAAUUGUAUUAUAAUUGAAAGUCAGUUAUGUUGUCAUUAGCUUGCAUUGUUCUGUUGGAAAUAAUUGUGAAAACUUGAACUCCAUCUUAGGAUGAUUAUUUAGUCAACAAGGAUUCUUUAUUGCCAUUUUUAUCAAGGGGUUUUAUUAAUGUCUAGUCUUAAAAAAAGAUAAUUUAAAAUUUUGACAACACAUUUUUUGGCUCAUAUAUACCCAUUCAUUAAGGAAUCAUUCACCUAAUGACAUCAGCAAAAUGCCUUUUCUUUCUCCUAUUGAAAUGCUUUUUAUUUAUUCCAUUCACCUGGCUCUGGGAUGUCAGUAGUCACAGUGAAACAGCAGAACGAAAGAAGAUCGGGGCCCUUAAAAGAGGAAAAAUAAUCCACAUUUCUUUGUGCCCAAAGACAAUUCAAAUCACUGGAUUUACAAGAAUGUUUUUACUGAAUCAACAUUAUAGCACCUAUUUCUCUACCAUUAAGUGAGCAAAAAUGAAUAAAUGAUUGUUUCUAAUUAUCCAGAAACCUACAUGACUUGAAAGAUUAGUAAAACCAAUCUUUUCAGUCACUAGUUUGAACAAAAUAAA